AUGGAGAACAACACCAAGGUGAAUGAGUUUAGACUCUUGGGACUGACUGACAACCCAGAACUGCAAAUCUUUCUCUUCAUAACAUUUACUCUCAUUUAUCUCACCACUCUCAUUGGAAAUCUUGGGAUGAUCAUGUUGAAUAUUUUUCUCAGUAACCUCUCUCUGGUAGACUGUGUUUACUCCUCAGCUGUUACUCCCAAGGUGAUGGCUGUGUUUCUAACAGGGGAUAAAAUCAUCUCCUAUGGUGGAUGUGCUGCUCAGAUGUUCUUCUUUGUGGGUUUUGCCAGCGUAGACUGUUUCCUGCUAGCUGUCAUGGCUUAUGAUCGGCAUGCAGCGGUAUGUAAGCCCUUACAUUAUACCACCACUGUGACCACCAGCUUGUGUGCUCAAAUGGCAGUAGGCUGCUAUGUCUGGGGUUUUAUUGAAUCUGCCAUCCACACUGGAUUCACCUUCAGCCUCUCCUUCUGCCAUUCCAAUGUGGUCCAUCACUUUUUCUGUGAUAUCCCUCCAAUCCUGGCUCUUUCCUGCUCUGAUAUCUACACAAAUGAGAUUGUGCUCUUUAUCUUAGCAGCUUUCAAUGUCUGUUUUGCCCUGAUAGUAAUCUUGACCUCCUAUCUGUUAAUAUUCAUUGCCAUCCUGAGGAUGUGCUCAGCCGAGGGACGGAAGAAAGCCUUCUCCACCUGUGCCUCACACCUCACUGCAGUCACCCUCUUCUAUGGAGCUGUCACGUUCAUGUACUUACAACCCAGUUCUAGUCAUUCUAUGGACAAUGACCAAAUGGCAUCUGUGUUCUAUACAAUAAUAGUCCCCAUGUUGAACCCUAUUGUCUACAGUCUAAGGAAUAAAGAGGUAAAUAAUGCUUUCAGGAAAGUCACUAAGAAAAUGAAGAUUCUGUUCAACCCAUAG